UAAAUCUGUCAAUGCUUGCCUCCCGAUUUUCAAACAUUGCUUCCUUUCGAUUCCUACUAGUCGCUACACGAUCUAAAAUCCUGCUUCUCCGUCCUUCAUAGGGGGGGCUUGGUUUCUGGGUUUUUGGUUCCCUUAAUUCUUGCCCCCAUCGUCUUGCUUGCAUUUAAAGCAAUUGCGUCACAUAUGUAUAUAUGCAUGAUUGGGGAUCUGAAGAUUGCGAGUUAUGGAUAGGGUAAUUGGACAACAAGUACGUACGGUCGAUAGAAUUUUGAUUCUUUCGAAUAAUUCACACACAUUAUUGCCGAUGAGUUUUGCUGGAAAUUACUUCAGGAUCCGAUCAUCCAUCGAUUCUUUUUCCGUUGCUUGUGAAGCGUUUUCUGAACGUUGUCAACUCUAGGGUUUCCAUUCGUUUUUCUUUCCUUCGUAGCUUCUUUUGUCCUCUACGUUAUUCGGAUCCGUCGCCUUGUAAUUGUUGGUACUAAUGGCUUCUGAAGUGGGGUUAUUGGGGCCUGAGAAUGAUUUGCUUGCGAAAUUGAAACUGAGUUCGAAAGUAAGACCAGAGCUUGAGGAUGCUGAUGCUGUAGAAAGAUGCCCUAACGAUCGUUACAUCCGGUAUAAUGAAAUGCUGGGGAGAGGAGCAUUCAAGACUGUAUAUAAGGGAUUUGAUGAAGUUGAAGGAAUUGAAAUUGCUUGGAACCAAGUGAGAUUAGAUGAUGCUAUGCAAUCUCCAGAACAUCUGGAGAGGGUUUAUUCUGAGGUUCACUUAUUGAGGACAUUGAAGCAUGAGAACAUAAUCAAGUCAUAUGUUUCUUGGGUGGAUGAUGAGAAGAAAACCAUUAACAUGAUCACCGAAUUAUUCACCUCUGGGAGUUUGAGACAAUACCGCAAGAAGCAUAAGAGUGUUGAUUUGAAGGCUAUCAAGAAUUGGGCCAGGCAGAUCCUUCGAGGCUUGGCUUAUCUCCACAGUCAUGACCCGCCUAUUAUUCAUAGAGAUUUGAAAUGCGACAACAUAUUUGUCAACGGAAAUCACGGAGAAGUGAAAAUCGGAGAUCUGGGAUUAGCAACUCUGAUGCUGCGUCCCACUGCCAAAAGUUUGAUUGGAACCCCUGAAUUCAUGGCUCCAGAGCUUUAUGAAGAGGAAUAUAACGAACUUGUCGACAUAUAUUCAUUUGGCAUGUGUAUAUUAGAGUUAAUUACUUGUGAAUAUCCGUAUAGUGAAUGCAGAAAUCAAGCACAAAUAUAUAAGAAGGUUACUUCAGGUAUAAAGCCCGCUGGUCUUUCGAAAGUAAAAGACCCACAAGUCAAGCAAUUCAUAGAGAAGUGUUUGGUUCCGGUGUCUCAAAGAUUGCCUGCACGAGAGCUUCUUAAAGAUCCAUUUCUUGCCUUAGAAAGUACAAAGGAGCGUGUAUCUGAGCCCAAAUCCAUCCUGCCAAAGCUCAACUUAUGUCCCAUGGACAUAGACUGUAAUGACAAUAAGAUGUCAUCUGGUAGCUCCUGUGUGAGGAGCAACAAUAGCAGCCCCCGUUUUCCAUCAAUUGAAAUCCAGUGUGUCAAUGAGAGAAACGAAAUCAGACUGAAAGGGGAGAAGGAUCAAGAAAAUUCAAUCUUGCUAUCCUUGAAGAUAGCUGAUUAUACUGGUCAAGUGAGGAACAUUAAAUUCACAUUUUAUGUGGACAUUGAUACUGUGCACUCAAUAGCUCUUGAGAUGGUUGAACAACUUGACCUGUUGCACGAAGAUGUUGCUGUCAUAGCACAGCUGAUUGAUGAUAUGAUCAUGAAAUUUGUGCCAGCUUGGAAACCUUCAUUUGUGAAAUCUAAUUCUAGUGGAGGAUCUACUUCAACUGAAGGUUCUAUAAUGGCUCAAAAUGGGCAAUUUGCAUUGGUUUCAUCAGCAAAGGUUCUAGGAAAGGAAUUGGCAGAAGCAAAGAAUCAUGGCUGCAAAGGGUCAGACAAUUCAUCAUCUACAUAUUCUGGUGAUUGGAUGAAGAGCUCAGGAGCCUCUUCCAAUGAUUCUUGCAACAAAAACAUGUCUAAUGAUUCUUCCUCGUGUCUAAAUCUUGAAAAAGGUGAGAAAGAUGUGUCCGAAGAUUUGAAGCUAGAGCUUGAUGCAAUUGAUGCUCAAUACCGCCAAUGGUGUAGCGAACUUCAGAAGUUUAGAGAAGCAGCAAUUGAAAACGCUAAGAAGAGAUGGGUCUCAAAGAAGAAGGUGCCGGUUUUCUGACUGAGUGUAAAGCUUAGCUGCUAAGAUUUGAAUCAUUUUUUCGUUGUAGUUCUGUUUUUUGAGUCGCGGUUGUUCUUAACUUGGCUGUUCAGUUUUUUCUUUCAUUUCACCUGUUCUAUUUUUCUUUUGUUUCACCUUUUGAAUUUAGAUGAUUGUCUUAGAAUUUGUGUAUGCUGAAUUCAUUUGCCCAUAAUUGAUUUAAUCUUGAAUUCCAAAUUUUUGAA